AUGGCCACUAUUUUAUGCCUUGCGCACUAUUGCGACACCCAUGGGCCGACCCCUUUGAUGGUGACCGAGGGGUUGCCUGUCGGCUGCACAUCAUGUUUCGACGACGAAGAACCCAAUACUCGGCGACCCAGCACGAGUUCGCGAUCUCUGAACCCCUCAGAUGGAUUAGCCGGGAUGGCGCGGGGUGUGAGCAGGGCAAAUCCAACCUCAGACAUGGAAAAUAGAGCGCAAAGACCUACAGUUCAAACCCAAACCUCGAAAGACCAGUCUGCAAUCGAAGGCCCACCAGAGAGCCCAAGAGUCGCAGCAUUACAGGGAGGCUCAAACUCACAUAUUAGACGGGACUCGAGCUUUCGAAAGACCUACGACGAGAAUGAUAAAAAGAGGGCCAUUCCUUGUGAGAACUGCGCUCUCACGCUACCUAAGAAGACCAAAGAAGACUUGUCUGCAGCUGGCAAGAUUGACCACAACGGUGGUCCUAUCCUUCGAACAACAUUACCUUACGAGAGAGUAUCUUCAUCUGCUCCCGCAGGCGAACGAUCGCCUCCCAAAUCAUCCGCAUCUUCCUCCUCAGACUCCGAGCCAGCUAUGAAAUCACACCACCAUACACGCCCCUUGAUACGCGCUACAACGUCCUCCAGUAACUCCUCCUUCAACUCAUUAUCCUCACACGACCACUCGAUAGACUACGUCUCCACCCACGAACCACUUGCCCCAACAUCCUUUUCCAUAAUCAGGCAAUCCUGCCUACGAACCCUCUCCUGCGAAACACUCCCUCCCUCAUCAAUACAAAACACAGUCAACUCCCCCACUUCUCCUCUGGCAAAUCCUUUCUCCUCCAGCUCCAACACAAGCACAGGCACCUCUUCCGGUGGCCCCAUCUUCUUCGGUGACCCCCUGGCAGGCUACACAACCGCGUACAUCUUCCGCAUCCCAGACCCCAAUGCCCGCGGCCGGCGACGCGUCUAUGCACUCAUGGCACUGUCAACCCACCGCCAGCGUCUCGCCAUGAAAACCUUUGAUGCCCUAACCAUUGCCUUCAAGAAUCUCGCAGCUUGGAUCCAAGGCCUUGCUGAAGCGGAACUAGACCGCUGCGAGAGUCCGAGGGGGGCGGGGAUGAGCGAGGGUGGCAGUAAUUACAAUACACCCACGAGUUCAUUCCUGAGCGGCAGGAAUAGGGGACCCGAUGGGAAGUUUGCGGGAAUGAGUAUAAGGGCUAGGGGCCUAGCGGACCUGGUGGGACAGCCGGAUUUCUUUUUCGAACUGCAUAAGAGAUUUGUUUGGUUGUUGAUCGAGUUGAGCGUUGUGCUUGGUGUUUAA